AUGUCUCUGGCGGCUGUGACUGGAGAAGGCGAGCGGCAGCGGCCCCCCAUAGCUAGCACCCAGGGCUUGGCCCGGGGCUGCGGCGGGCCAGCGCGGGCGGAGCUGCUGGGCCUCGCGCUGCUGGGCCUCGCGCUGCUGCUGGGCCUCGUGCUGUACCUGGUGCGUGCAGGACCGUUGGUAGCGUGGCUGGCCGUUGGGGCUACCACGGUCUGGUGGCGACUGAGCCGCGAGCCCCGUGGCCCGCGCGCCGUGCCGUCGUCGUCGUUCGUUCGCAGCCAGCGAACACUGCUCGUCUCGCCUCUGACCAACGCGGCAGCAAACGGAAAGCUCCUAGAGCCUUGGACUCUGUUCAAAGGACUCAAACCCGCUGAACUGCUCCUCAUGGGCAGCUACCUGGAUAAGCCCGGCCCUCCGCAGCCUGCCACCGCGUAGGAGGGCAGGGACCUGAGGGAGCGGCCUGUCCGCCGCCUGCCCACCCGCUCCUCGCCACCUACACCUGCGGCCCAGCGGAUCCCGCAGCGCGGUUACCCCUCUCUCCCGACCCCUUUCCACCGACCCCCCAGGAGGUCUAUGCAUAGGGAUUGUGGGACUUUAGCCAAUCCCUUUGUGAUAGCUCCUCCAAGACACCAUCCAAUUCAGCAGGCCCAGUAUUCCAUGGUAGGGGUACUGCCCACGGUGUGCUGGAAUGGUUGUCAGAAGAAGGCUGUGCUUUCGGUUCGGAACUCAAAGAUGGUGUGCAGCCCAGGGACUGUGAGGAUUGCCCCUCCGGAUAGAAGGUUAACUCGUCGUCUAAUACCAGGGCGGUUAAUCAACUCAACCCUGCCCUCACCAUCUGGUAAUGUCCCAGACUCAUGUGCAAAAGAGAAUGGUCUCAAAGAGGGGAAGAAAAGGAUUGCGGAGGAAGACGACCAAUUACUUGUUGAUGGUCAGGAGAAUAAGAGGAGACGCCAGGAUAGCAGUAGGAGUGGACAGUCUCCAUCUGUGCCCCUGGUGGCCAAUGGAGGCUCCACUUCUUCUGUGCCUAACCCUGGGUCUCUGAAAAGAGUUCUCCCUUCCCAGAGCUCAGGAGAACAUUCGAGUAAGCGAUCUUGUACCUCGCGGGUUAGCUCCCUGACAAGCACGUGCGGCGUCCGUUGUUCCGGCUGCAAUAGGAUCACCAGUUCUUACAGUUCUACCGGAGGCAUCUCUCGCCAGCAGCUGUGGAAGAGGAGUGGCUCCAUUUCAUCUCCCUUCUCUAGCCCAGCUUCCUCCCCAGAGAGGCCAGCCAAGAAAGCGAGAGAAGAGGAGCCACGUCAGCAUUCCAGUUCUUCGACUCCUCCAGUGGCCAACAAGGAGUCCCAGGGAGAGAGGGCUGUGGACACUCCCACUCAGAAGCAGCAGAACUCGGGGGCUUCCCCAUCUACACCCGGCAGCUCCAGACAACGGAAAAGGAAGAUUCCACUGCUGCCCAGGCGUCGGAACCAACUGACCUUGCCUUCACCACCUCAGCUUGGUUAUCCCAUCACGGCUGAGGACUUUGACCUGGAGAAGAAAGCUUCGCUCCAGUGGCUGAACAAGGUCUUAGAGGACAAGACUGAUAGUGUCCCAGGGCCAUCCCUCCCAGAACCUUCAUCUCUGAAGACACCCAGUCUUCUGGACUCUCUUGGCUCUUUACCAUCAGGGCCCCUGCCAGAAACCUCUUCAGACUCAAAACCCACAGCCACUUUUUUGGGACUGGUCCCUGCUUCCUCCACAGCACCAGUCGCUGACACCAAGUCACCUCCAGCCCUUCAGGCUGACACAUCUACCCCCUCUCCCAUGCAAGGAGUGCUGUUUGGUGGCAUGUCAAACAGCAAGACCUCUGACCCUUCCUCCCCAGGUGCCCUAGCCAUGUCUUCUCCCACCUUCAAGCCUAUUUUUGCAAUGGCACCUAAAAGUGAGAGUGAAGGCCCCUUGCCAUCCAGUCUAGCCAACCUCCCCACGAUGACCACCAGCACUACCACCUCAACUUUUAAGCCCAUCUUUGGUGACCUAGGGCCAUCUGUGGCUGUGCCCUUUCCUGCUCCCUUUUCCUUUAAGCCAACAACUGCUGUGACGGCUGCUGCAGCCCCAGCUGCCCCUCUGUUUGCUGGCCUGGCCACUGCCACCUCUGUCGUGGCUACCACCACCACCACCACCACCACCACCACCACCACUACCAGUGUGUCCAAAUCUGCUUUUGGCUUUGGGGUCAACAGUGUGGCCAGUACUGGGAGCUGCAUAACUAGCAGCAUGACUUCCGCCUCUCAGCUCUUCCCCUUUGGGGUGGCCCCUGCUUCUGUCACCAGCUCUGCCAGGGCCAGUUUGGCAGGGCCCCCAUCAAUGCAGACAUCCACAGCAGUGACCACCUUUGGCCAGUCUCUGCCUGGUGCUGUUCAGAUGGCAACCAGCAGCAGCAGCAGCAGCAGCAGCAGCAGCAGCAGCAGGAGGAGCACUGCUGGCUUCCGUGGCUUCGGUGGCUCCCUCACAACCUCAGCCCUGGCCGCCACCUGCCAGCCUACACUGACUUUCAGUAACACAACCACUCCUGCAUUCAAUAUUCCCUUUGGCUUAAGUGCCAAGCACCCAGUCGCAGCAUACCCAGUAGUCAUCCCCCAGCCCAAAUUUGGGGCUGCCAAUGGGCAGCAGCAGAGGUCCACCAAGCCACCCCUAACCCCAAGCUUUGGCAGCCCUUUUCCUUUUGGGAACUCUGGGGCCCCUGCCCCAUCUGUAGCACCAGUGCUAAUGCCAAUGUCAGCGCCCGCGGCAGCGCUGGCCCAGCCAGCCCAGCCGGCCUUUGGCAGCUCAGCGCAGACGGGUUUUGGCUUGAAAACCACAGCCUCAGCCUUCAGCGUCCCUGCCAGCACAAAGAAAGCCUUUGGUGUAGCCACCACCUCUGGCUUCAGAGCUACCACCCACACCACUAGCAGUGGGACCAGUAGCUCAGUGUUUGGCAGCUCAACUUCGUCCCCUUUCACGUUUGUGGGACCUGUAGCCCCAAGUGUUGGGCUCAGUGUGGCUGCCCCAGACACCAACUCCACCUCUGGGGCAUUCAAUUUUGGACCUGGACAGAGUGGUACCACAGGAACCACCACCCCCUUUGUGGGGGUCUUAAGUCAGAAUGCCCUGGGGAUUCCCAGCCAGGGCACACCAUUUGCCUUUAACGUGGCCAGCACAUCUGAGAGCAAACCUGUGUAUGGAAGCAUCUCCACACCUACCUUUGGGCAGAGCACCCUAACUGCUGGAGUGGGCACAGCGGGCAACAGCCUUUCCUUUGGGGUGUCCUCUAUACCCACCCAAGGCUUUGUUGGAGUUGGGUCCUUUGGAUCAGCAGCCCCUUCAUUUUCCAUUGGUGCGGGACCCAAGACCCCAGGUGCUCGACCAAGACUGCAGGCCCGAAGGCAGCACACCUGUAAGAAAUAG